UCCCUUUCGAGAAAAAAUUUCUAAAAGGAAUCCGCUUUGGUCAAUUUGGCUCAUUGUGUGCCUCCAUCAUUCCAAGGAAGAAAAUCAAUGAUGGACAUAACACUAUUUUCAAUAUGAUUUGUCGACGUGGAAGUUUUGAAAUUAGGGAACAUAACAUAGCCAUUCGAGCGCGCGCAAACGCGGAAUCAUCAACGCUUGAGUUUCUCUCAACUCAGAAAUCGUGUCUUCACUCUUCACUUAGCUACGAAGCGUUCGCAAUGUCUGCAAGCAAAUCCGGUUCAAGAAAGCGAGCAUCCGAAUCCGAACGCGCAAAAUCUGACAAGAACAAGCGAUCAGCCACGGAUAACUUCGAUCUCGAUUUGGAUUUCGAUCUCUCAGAUGACAUCAAAGGAAUCGUCUCGGCGCUGCACCUUAUCAGAGACAAGGCUCAGAAGGACGGUCAGAAGAAGAACGAAGAGACUAUUUCCAGUGUGGGUUCUGAGGUUAAGUCUAUGAUCGAGGGAUUGAGGUCAAAAAUUGAGAAGGACAGGCAAAGCUUUGCUAAGGCGCUUUCAAAGAGUUCCAAAGAGUAUGAAAGUUCAUUGAAGAAUGAAACUGCCAAGUUUCAAGCAUUUCAUGAGAAUUUUUGCAAAGAGAAAGCCACUUCUCUGCAAGCCCUGAAAGAUAUUAUCUCCAAAUUUGAAGAGGAAAAGGAAAAGCUAUUUGUGAGAUAUGAACAACUGAGGAAGAAGGAAAGAGUUAUGAUAUCUGAACAAGAAAAAGCCUGCAAUCAUAAAAUUGCCCAACUGGAAGACUCAUUGAGAAAGAAGAAACAGGAUGAUAAAACUUUCAGCAUUCUAAGGAAAACUCUUGGUUCAUUCUUGGAAAGUACCUCGGACGAGGAUUUCCCUCCAGAUGAUUGAGACUGCAAUGCACAGAGAUCAUUUGAUGAAGUCACAAUCACGGAUUCUGUUUAUUUCACUGGAAAACGUAAUCAUAGAUAAACUCGAGAUCAACUCUCUUUAAAUAGUCCCACUUCAUUCUCUAAUUACAAUCAAUUGUUAAAAAUAUAAUCCUUGCGACAGAUAUUCAGUGCAAUAUUUGGUUAUAUUAAGAUAUAUUUUCUGAGUUUGUGGCAA